CCCGGGGCACGGGCCGGGGGUCGCCGCUAGCCCGCACCGGUGAUGAGGGCGCCCGCCGCGGGGAUCCCGUCUGCGCGCCGCGGUCGAGCCCGAGCAGCCGGCGGUCUGGGGGCGCGCCGCCUCCCGGACCCCAAGAUGUGAAGCCGGGAGGGCGGACACGCAGAGGCGGCCCGGCCGGGCACCCCCGCGCCCCUUCCCGCCCGCAGCGCAGCCGCCGACCCCGCGCUCUCGUCCCCCCCCCCCCCGCCCCGCUCGGACCCCGCGCCGGCCGCAGCGGGUGGGCGGGCAGGACGCGGCGGGAGCCGGCGCCUCCGCCACCCCGGAGUGAACAAUGGUCACAGUCAACCCCGAGGGCAAGAUAAUGGUCAGAAGAUGCCUGGUCACCCUGAGACCCUUCCGGCUCUUUGUCCUGGGCAUAGGCUUCUUCUCGCUGUGCUUCCUGAUGACAUCUCUGGGAGGCCAGUUCUCUGCCCGGCGCACUGGGGACUCCCCCUUCACCAUCCGCACAGAAGUGAUGGGCAGCCCGGAGUCCCGUGGCGUCCUCCGCAAGAUGAGUGACCUGCUGGAGCUGAUGGUGAAGCGGAUGGAUACGCUGGCCAGGCUGGAGAACAGCAGUGAGCUGCACCGGGCCAGCGAAGGCCACUUAGCUGCGGACAGGUUCACCCCUGGGGCUGGCCUCAUGGAGCGCCUCCAGGCCAUUGCCCAGAAUGUCUCAGACAUCGCUGUGAAGGUGGACCAGAUCCUGCGCCACAGCCUGCUCCUGCACAACAAGGUAUCUGAAGGCCGGCGGGAUCAGUGUGAGGCGCCCAGUGACCCCAAGUUCCCUGACUGCUCAGGAAAGGUGGAGUGGAUGCGUGCCCGCUGGACCUCCGACCCCUGUUACGCCUUCUUCGGGGUGGACGGCACCGAGUGUUCCUUCCUUAUCUACCUCAGUGAGGUUGAAUGGUUCUGCCCCCCGCUGCCAUGGAGGAACCAGACAGCCCCCCAGAUGGCCUCCAAGCCCUUCCCCAAAGUCCAGGCAGUGUUUCGGAGCAAUCUGUCUCACCUCCUGGAGCUGAUGGGCAGUGGGAAGGAGUCUCUAAUCUUCAUGAAGAAACGGACCAAGCGGCUCACAGCCCAGUGGGCACUGGCUGCCCAGCACCUGGCGCAGAAGCUGGUGGGCAUCCAGAGGGACCAGAAGCAGAUUCUUGUCCAUAUUGGCUUCCUGACGGAGGAGUCUGGGGAUGUGUUUAGCCCUCGGGUGCUGAAGGGCGGGCCUCUGGGGGAGAUGGUGCAGUGGGCAGACAUCCUAGCUGCGCUCUAUGUCCUGGGCCAUAGCCUGCGCAUCACGGUGUCCCUGAAGGAGCUGCAGAGUAAUUUAGGGGUGCCGCCAGGUCGGGGAAACUGCCCGCUCACUAUGCCCCUGCCUUUCGACCUCAUCUACACUGACUACCAUGGCCUGCAGCAGAUGAAACAAUACAUGGGUCUCUCCUUCAAGAAGUACCGGUGUCGGAUCCGGGUCAUCGACACCUUUGGGACCGAGCCCGCGUACAACCAUGAGGAGUACGCCACACUGCACGGCUACCGGACCAACUGGGGCUACUGGAACCUCAACCCCAAGCAGUUCAUGACCAUGUUCCCUCACACCCCGGACAACUCCUUCAUGGGCUUCGUGUCCGAGGAGCUCAACGAGACAGAGAAGCAGCUCGUCAAGGGAGGCAAAACCAGCAACAUGGCCGUGGUGUACGGCAAGGAGGCCAGCAUCUGGAAGGGGAAAGAGAAAUUCCUGGGCAUCCUGAACAAGUACAUGGAGAUCCAUGGCACCGUGUACUACGAGAGCCAGCGGCCACCUGAGGUCCCAGCCUUUGUGAAGAACCACGGCCUCUUGCCGCAGCCCGAGUUCCAGCAGCUGCUUCGCAAGGCCAAGCUCUUCAUAGGGUUUGGCUUCCCCUACGAGGGCCCUGCACCCCUGGAGGCCAUCGCCAAUGGCUGCAUCUUCCUACAGUCCCGCUUCCACCCACCGCACAGCUCCCUCAACCACGAGUUCUUCCGAGGCAAGCCCACCUCCAGGGAGGUGUUCUCCCAGCAUCCCUAUGCAGAGAACUUCAUUGGCAAGCCCCACGUGUGGACGGUGGACUACAACAACUCGGAGGAGUUUGAGGCAGCCAUCAAGGCCAUUAUGAGGACCCAGGUUGACCCCUACCUGCCCUACGAGUAUACCUGUGAGGGAAUGCUGGAGCGAAUCCAUGCCUACAUCCAGCACCAGGACUUCUGUGCAGCCCCAGACUCUGCCCUGCCAGCUACAAAGGCCCUGCAGAGCCCCUUUGUCCUGGCUCCUAAUGCCACCCAUCUUCAGUGGGCCCCAAACGCCAGCCUGGCCCCCAGGGCCUGGCCCCCAGCGCACUCUCUCCAGGCCUGGCUGGCCGACGUGGGGAGGGCCUGCACAGAUGCCUGCCUGGACCGCGGGCUGGUCUGCGAACCCUCUUUCUUCCCCUUUCUCAACAGUCAGGACACCUUCCAAAAACUGCAGGUACCCUGUGACAGCACCGAGUCCGAGAUGAACCACCUGUACCCUGCCUUCGCCCAGCCGGGCCAGGAGUGCUUCCUGCAGAAGGAGCCCCUGCUCUUCAGCUGUGCCGGCGCCAGCACCAAGUAUCGCAGGCUCUGCCCUUGCAGGGACUUCCGCAAGGGCCAGGUGGCCUUGUGCAAGGACUGCCUGUGAGGCUCCUGCCGGCAUCACCUGCUGGCCCUCCCUGCUCCAGGAGAAUGCACCAGCAGAUUCUGAGUCCCAGCGCCCUGGCCUCCGGACCGCUCACCUCGGCCAGCAAGCGGGCACUGCAGACACAUGGGGGUGGCUCACCCAGCACCUGCGACACCUCCACGUUCUCAUCCCAGUGGUGUCAGCAGGUGUGGGGCUGGGCAGAGGUCCCACUGGCCCAAAGCAGGUGGUUGGAGGCCCUUUGCUCUGUGCAAGACUAAAUAUGGACCAGGGUGAGAGAGGCCCUCUGCCU